CAAGCUCCUGUGGAAUUGUGGGUAGAUACUGGACUUGUAAACUAAAGGCUUCACAAACACCUCUUUGCUUAGUCUUUUUCUCCUCCUUUCCCCCGGUGCACGGAACCCUCAAGCACUAGGACCGUGUGGAAUCCAGGCUGCGAUGGCACCUUCAUUCACUGCCCGCAUUCAGUUGUUUCUCUUGCGUGCGCUAGGCUUUCUUAUAGGCCUAGUAGGCCGAGCAGCUUUAGUCUUAACGGGCCCCAAGUUUGCCUCAAAGACCCCCCAGCCGGUGACUGAACCAUUGCUUCUGCUUUCGGGAAUGCAGCUGGCCAAACUAAUCCGACAGAGAAAGGUGAAAUGCAUAGAUGUUGUUCAGGCCUAUAUCAACAGAAUCAAGGAUGUGAACCCAAUGAUCAAUGGAGUUGUCAAGUACAGGUGAGUGUUUUCACUCUCUC